AUGCAUUUCCUAGCUUCAAGUCUCACCGGUCAUGCGUUCGACACUAUAAAAUCUAUUCAAAUCACCGCGGAUAAUUUCGAUAUCGCGUGGAAAACAUUAGUUUCACGAUUCGACAAUAAGCGACGGCUCGUCGACGUGCACGUAUCAGCGCUAUACUCUCUGCCGACGGUCUCUCGCGAAUCCGCUGUCGAACUUAACGCACUUCGCGACAAAGCGAAUCGCGCUAUCGCUUCUUUAAAAAAUUUGAAUCGAUCACCCGAUCAAAUGUUGAGCGAUAUGUUAGUUUUUAGCGUCACGCAAAAACUUGAUCACGCUACUCGGAAAGCGUGGAAGUUAAAAACCGGUGACGACCCGAACAUUCUUUCGUAUGAAGCUCUCGACCGAUUUCUCGACACGCGCAUUCGUGCAUUGGAGGAAAUCUCUCCGGCUAAUGCUUCCAAAUUCUCGCGCGCGCCAAAAGUUACCAGUGCUAACGCCACUGCCUCUGGUUUAUCGUGCCCACUAUGUCGGCCCGCGCAUUUCAUCAACAAAUGUCCGCAGUUUUUGCGGAGGACUCCGAGUCAACGCCUUGAAGUCAUUUUAAAAGCGAAGCGAUGCGUCAAUUGUUUGAGCGCAAAGCACGCUGUACAAACGUGUCCGAGUCAAUACUCGUGCAGAACUUGCCAAAGCAAGCAUCACUCGAUGCUGCACGUUGACUCGGCCUCUUCCUCAACUGCAUCCGCUGUCUCUCUAAAAAACGAAACCUCGUCGAGUGUGUCGUCAGACUCUAUCGCGAUCACUUUGGCCACGGCAUUAUGCUCCCAGCGAACAGGUGUAGCGCUCCCGCAAGUGUUACUCGCGACGGCCCGCGUCACCGUCGGUGCACCGUCGGGUCGGACUCUCACCGUGCGAGCGCUUCUCGAUCAAGGCUCGGAGAUCACCUUCAUCACGGAGCGUCUCGCACAAACUCUCAGAAUGCGUCGCAUUCGCCAACUACUCUCGAUUUCCGCCGUCGGCGGAAUGAACGCCGGAACUUGUCAAUUUGCCGCUAAGAUUCGGAUCGCUCCGAUCAAUUAA